AUGGUUUAUUCGUAUUUGUAUCUGGCUACGAAUACGACUACAGGACAAAUGAAUCCACUGCUUGGCAAAGCCUUACUACGUGUUGUGCUCUUCUACGCAUACGGCUUAUUUGUGGCUUGGAUUUUCACUUUUAUUGAGAAAAAAGACGAAUUAGCACAAAACAAAAUGGAAAGGAUGUUAUCCGAACUGAAGAACGAAGUACACAUAAACUACAACAUGACAGAUAACGAAUUUAACAGCUUUGUGAGAAGGAUCACAGCGGCCGUAGCGGCAGGCAAUGAAAAGGACUGGAAUUUUCUUAAUAGCUGUGGAUUCGUUUUCUCUGCUAUCACAACAAUAGGAUAUGGACUUAUCACACCAAAAACACAAGUUGGUCAGGGUGUCACAAUCAUUAUCUGCAUCAUUGGUAUUCCUAUAACAAUGCUGGCUUUGAAAACAUCGGGAGAGGUCUUGGCGGACUGCUUUAGGGUUCUCGUCGUCAAAACAGAAACUGGUAUCUUUAAAAGAGCUGAAACAAAGCACGUAAAAAAGAAAACGUUUUUCGUGGCAUGUACACUAAUGGUCAUUUUGCUCCUGUUAGCAAGCUUAUCAAGCACUUAUUUUGAGGAGUGGAGUCUCAUGGAGGGUUUAUAUGCGUGGUUCAUAACUUUUACAACAAUCGGUUUUGGCGACUACGUGCAGUUUGAAUCACAUGCGAAAAAGGUCACCCACGGAAACGACAGCACAGCUCAUUUGUUACUUCAUGGCAUUAUCUUUGCUGUGCCUUACGUGAUUGGUUUGAGUCUCAUGUCGUGUAUUUUGACUUGUCUUGUGGAUUCUGUAGAUCACAUACGUGAUUUUCGUGAUCGCUGUAUGAAUUGUUGCCCGGGUUUGGCAGGUUUCUUCUCACUCUUAAGAAGAUUUUUCCUAGGCAGAAGCUCAACUUAUGAUCUGACAGAAGAGCCCAGUCGUGAGAGAAAUGAGUUAAGCUCAAUGUAG